UUCGGGAAAAUUUCGAUCAUGCGGCGGCGGAACCAUUAAAUUGUAAUCAGAGUGCCCCAGGUUCAGGAUGCCUACGCGGGCAAGAUUUUUUUCAGAGAGAAAAUUAGGGUUUUAGAGAGAGAAAAAGUAGGGUUUUUCUUGGAUCCCGAUGGAUGCUCAGCGAGCGAGGCCUAAUCCUCCUCAGGACCCUCCUUUGCCCCCUAUGAUAUUCAUUGGUUUCAUCGGUUGUUGCUUACUGGUACUCUUUUCGGGUUUAUAUGCAAACCCCAAUGGCUACAUUUUACAUCAAGUUCCUGAAGGCCAUGUUGGUGCAUAUUGGAGAGGAGGUGCACUUUUGAAAACAAUAACUAGUCCAGGAUUUCAUUUGAAGGUACCUUUCAUAACCCAGUUUGAGCCCAUCCAGGUCACCAUUCAAACAGAUCAGGUGAAGGAUAUCCCAUGUGGUACUAAAGGCGGAGUUAUGAUCAGCUUUGAGAAGAUUGAGGUUGUUAAUCGUCUAAAGAAGGAAUAUGUCUAUGAGACAUUGCUUAACUACGGUGUAAAAUAUGACAAGACAUGGAUCUAUGAUAAAAUACACCAUGAGAUCAAUCAGUUUUGCAGUGCUCACACACUGCAGCAAGUCUACAUUGAUAUGUUCGACCAGAUUGAUGAAAAGAUGAAGGAAGAUCUUCAAGCAGAUUGCACUCGUUAUGCUCCCGGUGUUGAGAUCAUAAAUGUGCGUGUGACGAAACCAACAAUCCCAGUCAGCAUAAAAAGGAAUUAUGAACAGAUGGAAGAAGAGCGCACAAAAGUAUUGAUUGCAAUGGAGAAACAACGGGUGGCUGAAAAGGAGGCUGAAACCCAAAAGAAGAUCGCUUUGUCAGAGGCAGAAAAGAAUUCUCAGGUUAGCCAAGUCCUCAUGGAGCAAAGGUUAAUGGAAAAGGAAAGCACAAGGAGGCAGCAAGAAAUUGAGAAUGAUAUGUACCUUGCUCGCGAGAAAAGUUUGGCGGAUGCAGAUUUCUACAGGGUGAUGAAAGAAGCUGAAGCGAACAGGUUGAAGCUCACCCCACAGUAUCUUGAGCUUCGAUUCAUCGAAGCUAUUGCAAAUAAUUCAAAGAUAUUUUUUGGAGACAAGGUACCUGGGAUGAUUUUUGACCAGAGAUUGAUCGGGAAUUUUCUAAAAGAAGCGAAGCAAAAUGAUGACAUAUAAAUCAGAUUUUCUCUCUCUACAAUCAUGCUUAGAUUUUGGCAAAUUGAAAUAUUCACAAAUGUUGUUUCGAAGGCCAGAUACCUCUGUCCAUUAUUUUGGGGUUUGGGAAUGUAUUUUGUACAUUGAAGAAAAAUAUGGAUCAUGGGUGGUAUUUAACAUUGAAAGCAAGCAAUGGGUGUGAAUCAUUAGAAAU